UUGCACAAGCGCGUGCCGAGUGUUGCCGAAUGACGUAAACAUGUGACGUCAUGAGCGUCCUGCUGCCCAACAUGGCGGACUUCGACACCAUCUAUGAGCUGGACGAGGAAGAAGAGCGUGUUGUGAGCGAGGAACACCUGGCUAGAUAUUGCCCUGAGCCCGUGAUUAUGCGGGGGGCUGGGCACAUCACCGUGUUUGGCCUGAGCAACAAAUUUGACACAGAAUUCCCUUCAGUUCUCACAGGAAAGGUUGCGCCGGAGGAGUUCAAGACGACGGUGGGCCGGGUGAACGCGUGCUUGAAGAAGAACCUUCCGGUAAACGUGAAGUGGCUCCUGUGCGGCUGCCUGUGCUGCUGCUGUACGGUGGGCUGCAGCCUGUGGCCCGUCAUCUGCCUCAACAAGAGGACAAGAAGAUCAAUUCAGAAGCUGUUAGAGUGGGAAAAUAACAGGUUGUAUCAUAAGCUGGGUCUGCACUGGAAGCUCAGCAAGAGGAAAUGUGAAAGCAGCAACAUGAUGGAAUAUGUUAUUCUUAUAGAAUUCUUGCCCAAAUAUCCUAUAUUCCGACCAGACUGAGGAGGCCAGGCACUGUCCUGCUGUGUGACCUUUCAUUCCUACCCUUAGUGCCUUGUAGAUAUGUUGGAUUGACGGUCUACACUGCUGUGUCGUGAUAACCCCCCCCCCCCAAUCAACCCCACCCCUAUUACCUUGUACAGUAGAAUUGCUACACUGUCACUUUGCUUUAGAGCACAUUUUGCACAUUUCCUGAUAUGGUAGUAGACGCUCCUUUUUAUUUUAGUUUUUGUUCGUUUUUAACAAGCAAGGUAAUUCGUCGCUGGGUGCUGACAGGUGCUGAGAUGUAAAGAAAAAAAAAAAAAAAAAAAAUUAAUAACAAUACCACAAAGUGUAUAUCCCAUCUAGCUACAUGUGUACGUUCAUCCCCUGAGCUCAGUGAGCAUCCAGGCCAACAUCACACGCCUCACGUUGGCGCCACAGCCGCGCAGGCCUGCGGAUAGAAAGCAGCGCCUGCAGGUGGUUUGCACAGUUGCCUUACGAGAAACCGCCGCACCGAGACCUUCAGCCGCUGACGUUUUUUUUGGUUUUUUUUGCCGGUUCGUGGAAAGGAACAGAGAAGUUUUUUGCAAGCUCCGCCUGGCUCCUCGCCAGGUUGUUUCCUUUCGUCUUACCCAUUUUUUUUAAUUUUUUUUUUCUUUCUCACCAAACUGCAAAGUCGACGUAAUCACGGAGGAGGCUGGGUUAUUCUCACGUGUGCUUAUGGCAGCACCGUACGUCUACUGCACUUUGGCAAUGACCUUCUGUACAGGGAAUCUGCGAAACUAUCCUGUAAAUAUCACCAAGACAAGAUGUACAGCGUGGUAUGCCAUUGUUUACAUAAUGUAAUAUAGCUCAAUUUGUUUUUUUUGCCAAGAUAUUAUUAUUAUUAUUGUACUAUAGAUUUGUUAAUGAGCGAUGUUUGAGUAACUUUCCAGUUUGUACGGACCUGUUUACCUAGUAAGCCAUAUGAUUGCGAUGUUCAUUAAUGCCAGUGUGAGGACUGAAAUUGCACUUGAGCACAUGGAAAUUCAGAACUUAAGUGUGUAGUAUUAUCGAGGUCUGGGUUCAGUGUGCUUUACAAUGACACUAGUGGUAUAUGUUACAUGUAGUUUUGCCAACUAAGGAAGACAUGUCGCUUAAGACAAUUUUUUUUUCCAUGUAAAGUCAUUCAUUUAAAAACUGAAAAUGCAUCAUACGUGAUGACCUUUUGAAAGCAAAAUAUUUACUGCACUUCUUUAUUUUGGUUCAACUUUUCUGUGUAGCUUAGUUCUCAUUUCUGUAUUUUCAAUGCUGUAUUCUUUCUCACGGUAGCUGUUUCAUCCGAGUAUAGAAUGUUACAAGCUAAAGUGUAACUUCACUGAAAAUCUGAAAUUUAAAAAUGGGUACUUUACAGUUUAGUGAGUGUGUGAGCUGCAAAGUGAAUAACCAGUUUCACUAGAUUUCCUCUUACAACGCCAUCUGGUAUGGACACUGGUAACAAUGUACAUUUCUCCAUUAUAAAAUGUCAAAUUGACAGUUCAGUAUUUUUGGGAUGUUUUGCGAGUUUCUCAUACGUUUUCUAUUGUAGUCAUUCCAUGAUGGGGGGGGGGGGGGAAUAGAUAAAUGACAUGUUAAAUGACAUGUUAUUUUAAACUUUUACAGAGGCGGUAAGCGUUUUAUGGUGGAUGAUAAAUUAAAGAAGUAGAUUGAAACAGUUCUCUGUUGCAAUAAGGAUGACCUUUAAGUACAUUUAAUACUGUUCAAUAUUAAUAUACUUUAAUGUAUUUAGGAAACCUCACUCAAGCCAAAUGUGCAAGGUUUGUGGUUAGUGAGAGAUCAGCGUUGGUUGUUCUGUAGUACUGUGACUUGUAAAAACAAGCGACUUACUUGCAGGUAAAGUAGCGUCAGAGCUGUGUACUUCAGCUACUGGGCCCCCUGCUCAGAGUAUACGAAGGAAAAGGGAUAACUCGAGAAUUAUUGCAAUUCUAAAUUUCAGAAAUAAAUUUUAUAUUUUUAUGCUGCACGCUUUUUAGCGAGAUGAGACUACAUCAAUUCAAGACCAGUUUAACAUUUCAAAAAAUUGUGGACUUGUGGACUUUCGUGGAUCCACAACAGUGCUCAGUGUUCAUUGAGUUGAGUAGGUUUGUUUUUAAUACCGAUGCUCGCAGUAGUAAAGGUAUCCAUUGCAACAUAAAAUGUUAGAUUUUUUGUGAAGUUACUCUUUAAGGUCAUACAUAUCACUUGUUAUGUUCAGUGUUAGACAUGUUUUUAUUUGGUUAAACUGGCGGCAUUAAGACCGAUCUCUGAGUAUCUGAGGAGAGGAGCUGUCCUAAAGAAAGUGAACAGAAGAGUGGAAUUCCUGUCUUAAUUUGAAGGAGAGUCAAGUUAGUUUCAGUGUCUGUCCUGUUCUCAAGUACUUGUAAAUGUUUAUCAUUACUCAAUUCUCCAGGAAAGAGGAAAUAAACCAUUUACUUUGAAUGUUUUCCCACAUUAGUUACGAUCAGUACGUUGUUCUGAUUUUGUUACAUUUUUCCUGUUGAAACUGAGGAGAAAUUCAGUCGCAAGUACCGUUCAUGGUACAGACACCAAAAGUUUACCUGCUAAAGUUACGUUAAGUACAAUAAAGAAAAAUGUCAAUCCAGAAAUUAGAAAUUUGUCAUGAUCAGACAAAUACAAUAUUGGCUUUGAUUACCUAUCGUGUAUCUCUCUGUCUGGAUAUUCCUCUAUGUCCUGUUACUUUGAAAUAUUGUGGUUUAUAAUUCCUUUGUCAUGAAAAGAAAACCACACGCACACAGAGUAAGGCGAGAGAUCUUGCAAACGUAACUAUUUUAAUACAAUCUUUAAUGCAAACAAAUGAAAGAUGUUGAUGUCCAAACAGUGCUCGUACAAUAUUGACCGCAAGGUUUCGAUGUAUUUUCUGUUUCGGUAGGUCCAAAUCAAAUUCCUUUUACAGGGUUGUCAAAAUGAUUUUAGGUAGAAAAAUGGCAAUAACAAAUAUUUGCUGACAAUAUCUGAAUAUCUAUAAUGCGUUCUGUAGCAUUUUUUAUAAUGGCAUGGCGAGCCAAUCACUAAUAGCAGCAAAACAUCUAUUUAGCUUCGUAUUAUGUAUUUUUUUUUUGUUAUUUUUUGUUAUUGACAACACAAAGUAUCUUUAUGAUGGUGCGCUGCAAUCACAUGUUCACUGUUUUCACCACAUUGCAGCUUGAAUUGUAAUUCAGUACUGUUGGUUAAAAAUACCUGAACUGGAGUAUGUACAAUUCAGUUGCGACCAUCCUGCUGGUAUCUAUUGUACUUCAUGUUGUCUGGUUCAAGCUGAGUAGAGCAAAUGAUUCACCAUUUUCUAUUCAAUGUCAUUUCGACCACAGCAGACCCGUGGUGUGGGCAAAGUGUAACAGAACAGGGUACUUGGGGGAAUGUGUCAAAACCACCUGUCACCUCUGUGCCUGUGAGAUGGAAGCCACAAUUCUCAUUGGAAAAAAAAAAAAAAAAAUCUUAAUAAAAUCUAAGGGAGUUGCAUACCUA